AAGACAAUGAGGAAGGAAAUAAAAUAAAUCUCUCUCUUGAUUUCAAGACCUUCACUGGUUUACGUUGGACAUGAGGACCUGUGUGCUUUUCAUCUGCUUCUUCCUUGUAUCUUCUGAAGCCAAUAAGUCAAGAAUUUCUGCACCAAGUUUGGUGACAGCAAUCGCCAAGGAGUCCGUCACCAUUCAUUGCCAGUAUGACCCCCGCUACAGGGAUUAUGAAAAGUACUGGUGCAAAGGGGCAAUACAUAACUUCUGCAGGGCUGUAGUGAAAACCACAGGGUUCAGUACAAGCAACCGGACUGCCAUGAGUGAUGACAAAUACGACGGAGUCUUAACAGUGACUGUCCACGACCUGCAGCUAGAAGACAGCGGAAAGUACUGGUGUGCUAUUUCCAAACCUCUGAGGAACAUCUUCGCUGGAGUUUUCCUGCAGGUUUUAAAAGCAGAUAGACCAACUCGUGCUACUACAGUGAGCACUACUGCUUCCGGGCCAGCUGGGGGCAGCAGAGCACUUAAGCUCAAGCUCAGGUUUCAGGAAACAUGGGCAGUUCUGCGUUGGAUCCUCUUUGGUGCCUUGCUAGGUUGUGUUGUGAUUGUACAUGUCCGGAAGACGAGGAUCCAUCGUUCACACUGACAUCUGCUUUCCUCACCUGAUAUUCUGUGUGUCUUCUUCUUCUGUGAACAGACAGGACGGCUUAUCCCUCAUCUCUGGCAUGCAGUCAAACUAUAACACUUUCAAAAGACUGCCAUGAAUACUGGAGAAGGGUCAUAAAUGUUCACUUCUGUGAAUUUUGAUGAUUCAAUAAACAUCAGAUCUCAGUAAGAA